AUGCAAACAAGAGUUUGGAUGCAUGCAUCAGAAGAAUCCUCGAAGGUCGAUACGAAGUCUGGAAUCUUGGGUGUGAAGAAAGUGAUGAGAAGAGACCUCUGCAGAAUUCGAGACCGUCAGAUGCAGAUGCAGAUGCAGAUGCAAAGCGGUACGGUGUGUUGUGUGUCCUUCGUAAAUUUGCGAUGAAUCCUACCCCCUAUCUACGAAGUAUACGCGGCAGUUCGCCCAUCAACCCCCUCCCUAUACCACCCCCUCCCCAUAAAAGAGCCAGGUCUUCGUCCCAAACUCCCCAAUGAUUGGACCUUUCAUCCCAUCUCGAUUUCUCGAGAUUCGAAAGAACUGGGUAACCACGGGCAGUGCAGGGGAUCCAGGCUGUGGACCAAAGCACCCGCAGCAAAGAGUGGGUAUUUUCCAGGGAACAAGGGGAUUCCGGAUCCAUUGGGGACCUGGGAAAUCUUCGCUAUCCGCCUUGUUAUUUUAUCUUCAGGGGGAUGAGGCGGAGUUUGGGUGUGCCUAUGGUUUUUGA